UUGAUCUCUCUCGUUUUAGUUGAAGUGCCCAGAAAUUUUCGUCUUUUGGAAGAGCUUGAAGACGGCCAAAAAGGGAAAGGUGAUGGGAACAUAUCUUGGGGACUUGAAAAUGAUGAAGACAUGAGUCUUACUCAUUGGACAGGAAUGAUUAUUGGCCCACCUAGGACGCCUUUCGAAUCACGAAUUUAUAAUCUUCGUCUUGAAUGUGGCCCAAAUUAUCCGCGAGAAGCUCCAGUUGUUCGUUUCACUACAAAGAUUAAUCUUAAUGGUGUUAACCAGCACACCGGAACGGUGGAUAAACGAUUCGUUACUUCUCUUCGCCAGUGGAACAGUACAUUUUAUAUAAAGACAAUUUUGGAGGAUAUAAGGAAAAAUAUGAUGACUGCUAAAGAAAACAUGAAGCUCCCGCAACCUCCAGAGGGUGCAUCAUAUUAG